AUGUCAGACGAAGAACGUAAAUUUGCGCUUAAAGAGCUAGAAAGCAUGAAGCGGAACGAACUUCGUAGGCUUAGUAGGGUGCAUAAUUUAGGUGUAGGAAAUGAACCUAAUGAAACAAUUAUAGAAUCGCUGAAACCUUAUGCAGUUGAUUAUAUUGGUGAAUAUCAAGAAAGUAGUGAUUCCAACUCGAGCACUGUAGCUACACCAAUUGCGCAAACACCACCACUAUUAUCACCAACAUCACUGCUGCCACAACAACAACAGCCGCCUAUACUUACACCUAAUCCUAGUCUACGAGGUAGCGCUACUAAGGUUUCAGGGAAGAAAAGAGCUCGACACGAGUCUCCAUCUCCUGACGAAGGCAUGUUCAUAUUUAGAAAAAAUUUGACGUUCGACACUGAAAUAACUCGUUGGCUGAUUGAUAUCGAUAUGGAAGAUCUCGUGACAAGAUUUGUCGAAAAUGGGUUGACAGAGGAUUGGCGUUUAAUCGAACAAUUACAACCUGCACAUAUGAUGGCAAUGGGACUUUCCAUCGCAAAAUCAAUUCAAUUGGAGAAUAGGAUAAAAGAGCAUUUCAAUAAAAAUCAAAUUUCAACAAAAGAACGACUUGAUUCCUUCGAAGAUCUGUUAACACAAAGUCAAAUCACGAUGAAUGAACUUCAAUCUCAAUUAACACUCGAAAUUGACGAAAAAUUCGCUCAACUCCACGCAAAAGUUGACGAAAAUUAUGCCCAAAUAAACACACAAAUCGGCGAACAACUUACGCAAUUCAACGCAAGGCUUGAAUCCUUGGAGAACAUUGCGUCAAAAUUAGAGCAAAAUGUUGGUCGAUUGGAGAAUGAAAUCUCUUCCAUCAUUGUGGCGAAUCAGCGACCACGAAUAAUGCUCAGUUAUGAUGAGGUUGAUAUGAUUGCGACGCGGACGGUCAAUCUCUGGAAAAAAGAAACUUUUUAUUGUAAGUCUGUUGCCAUCUAG